AUGUCGACCAAGCCGAUCUUCGUGGCGACGCAUCCGCGUGCCUGUUCAACGGCAUUCGAGCGAGUCUUCAUGACUCAACGGGACACUAUCCAGUGCAUACACGAGCCGUUCGGCGAUGCCUUCUACUACGGUCCGGAGCGUCUCUCAGACCGUUUCGAAGACGACGAACAGGCACGUGUGGAGAGCGGCUUCAGCAAAUCCACGUAUUCCACCGUGUUGGAAAGAAUUGAAAGAGAAGCAUCACAGGGAAAGAGAAUCUUCAUCAAAGAUAUCGACCACUACCUUCUCCCGCCAAAUGACCUACCCGCCAGCGUCGCUCCCUCUCUGCGACGCAUCAAGCGCGGUGUCGGCACCAGCGCCAGCACCAAUGGCGAGACCCUCGCCAACGGCGUGAAUGGCGAUGUCAACGGACACGCCCACGCCAACGGGCACACCGAGCCAACGAAUGGUGUCACCAACGGCACCAAUGGCACGGUGAGCAACGACACGGCUAACGGCGUCGAGCUCCACGACACCAACGGCUCUGCCACCAACGGCUCUGCCACCAACGGCUCCGCCACUAACGGGCACGCCAACGGACACGUCAACGGCACCUCCAAUGGCGAGUCUGCACGGCCAUACCCGUACAACACACCCUCCGAGCCGGGUAACCCGACGGUGAUGCCGCGGGCCCUGCAGGAGCAAUUCCACUGGGCCUUCCUCAUCCGCGACCCGCACUUCAGUGUGCCUUCGUACUUCCGCUGCACCAUCCCCCCGCUGGACCAGGUGACGGGCUUCUAUAACUAUGAUCCCCUCGAGGCCGGAUAUGACGAGCUGCGUCGGCACUUCGAUUAUCUUCGUCGGGAGGGACUGAUUGGUCCUCGCGUGGCGACUCGUCCGGACCUUAAGCUCGAGGAUGAAUCGAAGGUGAAGGAGACCACCGACGAGAUCUGUGUGAUCGAUGCGGAUGACAUGCUGGAUGCCCCCGCAGCGACCAUCGAGGCUUUCUGUAAUAGCGUGGGCCUGCCGUAUACCCCCGACAUGCUGGUCUGGGAUACGCCCGAGGACUAUAAGGUUGCGUGCGAUGCGUUUGAGAAGUGGCGAGGUUUCCACAAUGACGCUAUCGAGUCGAAUAGCCUGGUAGCGAGAACACAUAAACAUGCCCCCAAGUCCGAGGAGCAGUUCGACGCCGAAUGGCGCAAGAAGUAUGGAGACGAGGCGGCCGCUCUCAUCCGCCAGACCGUCGACGCCAACAUGGGCGACUACCUGUACCUGAAGCAGUUUGCCGUGAAGGUCUAA